AUGGAUAAACACGGAGUGAAGACCCCCUUGUGGAAGAAGGAGCCGGCCGAGCCGCCGGCCAGCGAGGCGGAGGCUGCCGCAGAGGAGGGGUCGGAGGAAGAGGAGGACGAGGAGGACGAGGAGGCGGCGGCGGCGAGGCCGCGGGAGCAGAGCGGGGCGGAGGGCGAGGCGCCGAGCCGGGAGGCGGAGGGCGGCGAGGGCCGCGAGCGGGGCUCCGUGUCCUACUGCCCGCUGCGCCAGGAGUCCAGCACCCAGCAGGUGGCGCUGCUGCGGCGCGCGGACAGCGGCUUCUGGGGCUGGCUCGGCCCGUUCGCGCUGCUCGGCGGCCUGGCGGCCCCCGCGGACAGGAAGCGGAGCCUCCCGGAGCCGCCGUGCGUGCUGGAGACGCGGCGCCGGCCGCCGCGCGCCGGGGGCUGUGCGCGCUGCGAGAUCCUUUUCUGCAAGAAGUGCAGGAACCUGCACAGCCACCCGGCCUACGUGGCGCACUGCCUUCUCGAGCACUCGGAUCUGCGGAAGGUGCGGGCUUCGGGGGGCUCGGGGGGCGCGGGGGCCGCCGGGUGCCCCUGA